AUGUUCUGCGGACGCUGUGUGCGGCUGCCAGGGCGCCAGUACCGGCCGCCAACGAAUGCUGCACCAAAGAAGCCAAGCAUCCAACUGCCCAGAGAGUUCCCAAUGUACGUUGUCCGUGUUGAUGACGUCCUGCUAAUGGCUGAAAUGAGGCCGCACCAGGAGCUUCUCAAAGAGAACAUCCUGGUCGAGUAUCGUCCGGGCAUGGGCUCCGUGACCUUUGUCUCGCACGAGUGGUCGGGCCUCUCGCAUCCUGACCCUGAGCAGAAGCAGCUGCACGCGCUCCAAGAUGCUCUGCGGGGUUUCCGAGACCGGUCCUUGCAGCUGACCUACGAUCCGGUGGCAUUGAUGCGCCGAUUUCAGAAAACGCUGUCCUACAACGAGUUGCAGAAGCUGUCUCGCGGAUGGCUCUGGAUCGACUUUUUGAGCAUCCCUCAGCGCUGUGCCUGCGAGACCGACGAGGACCGGCUGCAACAGCAGGAGCAGCUAAGGGAGGCCGUCGAGAGCUUGCAUACGUAUGUGGCCCACAGCUCCUACUUCCUCAUCCUCGCGCCGGUGCAGCAUCAUGAGCAGGGCCGGCUCAUGGACUACAGCUCCUGGAAAUCCCGCGGCUGGUGUCAGUUCGAGUUCACGGUGAACGUGAUCAUGGGAGCCAAACCUGUCUUUCUGGUUCAGGGCCUGCGUGCUGUGAAGAAGGUCUCUUCCCGGAUUUUCCUCCACUUUGCCCCCUGCCUGGCUCAGUUUACCAACGAGGAAGACAAGAGCUUCAUCUCGAACGCGCUGGAAGAAGUGAUCGAUGCACAAGUCUACAGGCUACGGGCCGCAGGGGAAGUGCACCGGCUGCAGAUGUUGGAAUGUGUGCGGGCGCUGCUGACACGCCGGGCGCCUGACCUGACGUUGUUCAAGAGGCUAAGUCGGACGGGCAGCUUGGCCUACAUGGCCAAGGCCGCCAAGAGCGUGCAAUAUACAGGCUGGACUCAACUGCACUACGCCACUGCGCGGAGUGACCGCGAUGCUGUCGCACGACUCCUUGCCAUCUGCGAAAGGGCCGACGCGCAGACGGCCCAAGCAGACAUGGACCUCUUCCUAGGACCUAAGCUGCAGCCUCUUCACAUGUGGGCGGCGUUUUCCUUCAACGAGGAUAUUGCCUCGCUGUUGUUGCAGGCCUCGGUCAUGGUCGACUGUCGCGGCUCUGGCGGCCUCACGCCCCUAAUGCUCAGCUGCAGGUUUGGCAACACCAUCGCCUGCAAGACCUUGCUGGACAUGAUGGCGGAUGCGAACGCACAGGAUCAGAUGGGCUGCAGGCCUUUGGUCUUCGCCUUGGCGAACGAUGCGGAAGAUUUGGUCGCACCUCUCCUGGAUGCCGGCGCAGAUCCUCGACAGGGCUGGGCCGGCUUGAGUCUGCUCCACUUCCUGGCCCUGACAAGCUCCGCCACCUCGCUGGACCGCCUGAUUCAGGAGGGCCUGGACAUCAACAUGCCCUGCCGGCUCGAGCGCUUCUCUCUCACCGGGGCUCUGGUUGCUUUUGGGAUGGUCACCAACAGGUCGCUUCGACAGCUCUUUUCUUUGGUGGAUGGCAGCACGCCCAUCCUCGCCGCAGCUGCCGUGGGCAACGCGAAGGUGGUCCAGAAUUUGAUGUGCGCGGGCGCGGUCACCACGGCUCGCAAUGCACGAGGGAUGGACAUCCACCAGAUUUGCAAGCUGAGCUGCCUACCUGAGUCCGUUUUCACAGCUUAUGGUGCACCACUCCUGGAGUAG